AACGAAGACAGGAGAGAGAAAGCAAAGCGAGGAGGAAGGGAGCGGAAGAACAGUAUAAAUGAGCCAAGUCUCCAGCCCCAUAUUCUCGCCAUUCACAUCUCUGGGACGCAAAUCCAUUGGCUCUCUGAGUUUCGCCUUCUCCCUCCGUUCCCCAGCAGCCACCCCAUCUCCGCUUUCCCUUCGUUUUCCGAUCUCCCCUUCUUCCCCACCACCGUUCACUCGCCUUCGCCUCACUUCCCUCAGAACAAUGGCGUCCCACAUUGUCGGUUAUCCUCGCAUGGGGCCCAAAAGAGAGCUCAAGUUUGCUUUGGAAUCUUUCUGGGAUGGCAAGAGCAGUGCAGAAGACCUGCAGAAGGUUUCAAAAGAUCUCAGGUCAUCCAUCUGGAAGCAGAUGGCUGAAGCUGGCAUCAAGUAUAUUCCCAGCAACACCUUUUCAUACUAUGAUCAGGUUUUGGACACCACAGCAAUGAUUGGGGCAGUUCCUCCUAGAUAUGGAUGGAAAGGUGGUGAGAUCGGGUUUGAUGUAUACUUCUCCAUGGCCAGGGGUAACGCUUCUGUUCCUGCUAUGGAAAUGACCAAGUGGUUUGAUACCAACUACCACUACAUUGUGCCCGAGUUGGGACCGGAUGUUAAAUUUUCAUAUGCAUCGCACAAAGCAGUUGAUGAAUACAAAGAGGCUAAAGCUCUGACAGAUUUGUCAUUCAAUUUGUCUAUGUUGCAGCUUGGAGUCGACACAGUGCCGGUUCUCGUAGGACCUGUUUCUUACUUGCUGCUUUCAAAACCUGCAAAGGGUGUUGAUAAGAACUUUUCUCUUCUUUCUCUGCUAGAUAAAAUCAUUCCAGUUUACAAGCAAGUUGUAUCCGACCUAAAGUCUGCUGGUGCUACCUGGAUUCAGUUUGAUGAGCCCAAGCUUGUGAUGGAUCUUGAAGCACAUGAACUGAAAGCCUUUACUCUUGCCUACUCGGAACUCGAAACAUCCCUAUUUGGUUUGAAUGUUCUGAUCGAGACAUAUUUUGCUGAUGUUCCAGCAGAGGCCUAUAGUGUUCUCACAUCUUUGAAGGGUAUUACUGGGUUUGGGUUUGACCUUGUUCGUGGAGCCAAGACCAUUGAUCUGAUUAAGGGUGGAUUCCCUUCUGGAAAAUACUUAUUUGCUGGUGUUGUGGAUGGAAGGAACAUUUGGGCUAAUGAUCUUGCUGCUUCUCUUGAAGUUCUGCAUUCUAUUGAGGGCAUUGUUGGUAAAGACAAGCUUGUUGUUUCCUCAUCCUGCUCUCUUCUACACACUGCUGUUGAUCUAGUCAAUGAGACCAAGUUAGAUAAAGAGAUCAAGUCAUGGCUCGCAUUUGCAGCCCAAAAAGUACUUGAAGUAAAUGCCUUGGCCAAGGAACUUAGUGGUCACAAGGAUCAGCCAUUCUUCUCAGCUAAUGCUACUGCUCUUGCUUCGAGAAAAUCCUCUCCAAGGGUUACAAAUCAGUCUGUUCAGAUUGCUGCUGCUGCACUAAAGGGCUCUGACCGACGCCGACCCACAACGGUGAGUGCUAGACUGGCUGCUCAGCAAAAGAAAUUGAACCUUCCAAGUCUUCCCACAACUACCAUUGGAUCAUUCCCACAGACGAUGGAUCUUAGGAGGGUUCGCCGCGAAUACAAGGCUAAGAAGAUUUCUGAGGAUGACUAUGUGAAGGCUAUCAAGGAGGAAAUUAACAAAGUUGUCAAAAUCCAAGAAGAACUCGACAUUGAUGUUUUGGUGCACGGUGAACCAGAAAGGAAUGACAUGGUUGAGUACUUUGGUGAGCAAUUGUCGGGCUUUGCCUUCACAGCCAAUGGCUGGGUUCAGUCUUAUGGUUCUCGUUGUGUUAAGCCUCCAAUCAUUUAUGGUGAUGUGAGCCGCCCUAAGGCCAUGACGGUAUUCUGGUCAAGUACUGCCCAAAGUAUGACCAAGCGACCAAUGAAAGGAAUGCUUACUGGGCCAGUCACCAUUUUGAACUGGUCUUUUGUUAGAAAUGACCAGCCCAGGCAUGAGACGUGCUACCAAAUCGCACUUGCCAUCAAGGAUGAGGUUGAGGAUCUUGAGAAGGCUGGAAUAAACGUUAUCCAGAUUGAUGAGGCUGCUUUGAGGGAGGGGUUGCCUCUAAGGAAGUUGGAGCAUGCUUUCUAUUUGGAUUGGGCUGUCCACUCCUUCAGGAUUACCAACUGCGGUGUCCAAGAUACUACCCAGAUCCAUACUCACAUGUGCUACUCAAACUUCAAUGACAUCAUUCUUUCAAUCAUCAACAUGGAUGCUGAUGUAAUCACAAUCGAGAACUCCAGAUCAGAUGAGAAGCUUCUCUCAGUCUUCCGUGAAGGAGUCAAGUAUGGUGCAGGCAUUGGCCCUGGUGUGUACGAUAUCCACUCGCCUAGGAUCCCUUCCACUGAAGAAAUUGCAGACCGUGUGAGGAAGAUGCUUGCUGUCCUUGAGAGCCACGUUCUCUGGGUCAACCCUGAUUGUGGUCUCAAAACCCGCAAGUACGAUGAAGUCAAACCUGCACUCAGCAACAUGGUUGCUGCUGCCAAGCUCCUCAGAGCUGAGCUUGCAAAUGCCAAGUGAGAAAAUUUGGCUUCAAGUGGCGGAAAAGAGUUGCUGCAGCUCUCCGAUAUGUUUGUGAAGCUAAAGGAAAUUUAUGUGUCAAAGUGGAAUAAUUAGCUUCUUUCUCUCUUUCGAUGAGAAAAGCGUUUCCUUUUUUACUUCACUUUCUCUUCUCUCUUCUAGGAUUGUAUGGUGAUGAUUUUGUCCCUCAAAAGUUCUUUAUCCUAUGAAAAAGCUGCUUUUCAUUCUAUCCCCCGUGUUAUCAGGGUGUGUUGUUCCUUGAAUUAACCGUUGCCUGAUUUCUCUGAUGCCUCUUUGUUUAUCAUAAGCAGCAGUUGUCCCAGGGAAAGAUUUUCCAGACCCCAAAUGCAAAAAAUGACUCCCUGAGACAGAUACAGAAGUGUAAGAAUGUACCCUAUAACAAAAUUGCAUCUGUUCACCUGUUCUUUUGUCUUCAUUUUGAAUGGCCAAAUGUAUUGUAUGCCUGUAAGUUUACUUUGUUCUUCUUUCAGUGGCAUCCAAGUGGAAAAGGAAUACAGGAUCAUGCAUCAUCCGAGGCAGCUCUGGCAUCGGCACUUCGAACUUGAGAAACUGGAUAACCUGAGCAGCUGAGGGCCUUUCACUUUCAGUAGGCAUCAAGAACAUUCCCAUUUUUAUGAUGUGCCCAAACCUCUUUAACCAAGAGCAAAGGAUCACCAUCUCUGUAAUUCCUCUGCCCACAAGCAAGUUCCAGACCCACAACCCCAAAGCUGAACACAUCAGCAGGUUUGCUUGCCUUGCCAUCUGCUAGGUAUUCAGGAGCCACAUAACCAUGAGUCCCCACAGGAUUCGUCAUGAGGAACGGAAACCGUGUGUCUAUGUGUUUGGCGAUCCCAAAGUCGCCUAGCUUUGCUGUGAAAUCCAUGUCGAGAAGUAUGUUCGCUGGCUUAACAUCUCUAUGAAGGACACAUUUCUCAACCUCUUCAUGGAGAUAGUGGAGGGCUGAGGCCAAGCCAAGAGCUAUGUUGUAUCUCAAGUUCCAUUGCAGGGUUCUCCCAUUACCAAAGAGAUGAGAAUCGAGGCUGCCAUUAGGCAUAUAUUCGUAGACUAAUCCCCAGAGUUUCCAGAUUGUGCAUGGAUUCUCUUAACUGCAACAUGGAGGUCUAAAUCGCUCAAGUUCCCUCUGUAGACAAGUCCUGAACCUCCCUCGCCUAGCC